AUGCUUGCAGGUGGGAAGAGAGCAGUUGAGAGGCAUACUGUCGUGAAUAAGAAGUUGCUGGUGAGAGAUAGAUUGAAGAAGAUCAUGGAUAAGGACUCCCCCUUCCUGGAACUGUCGAAGACUGCAGGAUUAGGGAUGGAUUAUGGGAAUUUUCCUGGGGCAGGAAUUGUCACUGGUAUUGGUUGGGUGAAUGGUGUAGCCUGCAUGAUGCUGGCUAAUGAUGCAACUAUGACAGGAGGCACUUACUUCCCAAUCACUGUGACAAAGUACAUUAGGGCUCAAGAAAUUUCAGAAUCUCUUCAUAUUCCAGCAAUAUUUUUGGUAGAUAGUGGAGGGGUAUUCCUCCCACUGCAGGCUCAAUGCUUCCCCGACAAGAAGCAAGGUGGAACCAUCUUCUAUAGACAAGCAAUAGCCAGCAGCAAAGGCAUUCCUCAAAUAGCAAUAGUUGGUGGAAGUUGCCAUGCUGGAGGUGCCUAUAUUCCCACAAUGGCAGAUGAAGCCAUUAUUGUUGAUCGCAUUGGAACUCUCUUCCUUGGGGGGCCACCUCUUGUGAAGGCAGCCACAGGGGAAAUUGUCUCUGAGGAGGAGCUGGGUGGUGCCUCAAUGCAUUGCAGGGUGAGUGGGUGCAUGGACUAUUUUUCUGGCAAUGAAGAAGAAGCACUCUCUUCAUGCCGAGACAUUGUAGCAUCUCUGAAUAUACCUUCAGAGGAGAUAUCCAAAGAUAUAUCAGUCCAACUGCCUCUCUUCCCAUCUAGUGAUCUCACUGCCCUCAGUGGAGUGGAAGAGAGAGAUAGGAGCACAACCUUGGAAAUAAUAGCUCGAAUUGUGGAUGGGAGCAGGUUUCAUGAGUUCAAGCCUUUAUUUGGUGCCAACCUUGUUACUGGCUUUGCUUUUCUUGAUGGGCAGUUGAUUGGGAUCCUUGGGCAUCACGGAGCUCUAACAUCCGCUGAUGCCCUCAAGGGCUGUCACUUCCUAUUCCUCUGUGAUUUGCGUGGCAUUCCUGUCAUUUUUCUCCACAAUUCCCCUCUCGAUCGACAGACAUCGGCUGACUCACAUCCUGAGGAUCUUGGAAUUGCACUAAAGGAUAAGGCCAAAAUGGCUGCAACUGUCUCGAAUAUGCAAGUUCCUAAGAUAGCUGUCACCGUUGGAGCUUGCCUGGAGGAUGACUGCUAUACCAUGUGUGGGCCAGGAUUUCAACCAUGGUUAAACUUUGCAUGGCCCCUGGCCUGCUUGUCCAUGAAGCAAGAUACAGAGGACUUCAAGAGAUGGAAAUCAGAAAUGAAAGAUUUCAAUGUAGAAGCUGGAAAUUUGGAUUUUGACUUUCCAGUUGGGUCUGCAUUUCAUGCUUCAUGCAACACCUUGAUUGAUGGUGUAAUUCUUCCCGAGCACACACGGAAAGUAUUGUCUUUGAGCUUGAGUGUAAUCAGACAGGGCCAGGAAACUAUCAAGAGGAAGCAGGUCACAACAAGUGCUGUUUUGAGGAUAGUGGAAACAGUGACAUCAAAGACAACCCACGUUCAAGCAGGCCAUCCAACGCUGACACCUGACCGCAAAACGCAUCUGGAUGAACUGAUCCGAAAUGAUCGUCGACUGACACCCGAUAAAUGA